CGCCCGCCACUGCCUGCGCUGCGCUCCCUUCUCUCUCCUCCUCCCCUCCUCUUUCGGCGCCUGAACGCAAGCCGACCAACGGCGACCACCUCAGCAGUCACCCGCGAUCCCACGCCCCCCACCUGACACACCCGCGCCCGCGCGCCUCCCGUGCCCCGAGGCCGCGCGAAUUCCCCGGCCUGCCCCUGCCGCCCGCCAUCCCCCGGGGGGCACGCCAGUAAUUUCCUGCCGCCACCGUGUGCCGUCCGGUCUCCGGACCCCGGUGGGCUGUCGCCUCGCCUGCCCUGCCCGCCUGCGCUACGACGCUGCAGGCCGUGCUCUCCCUCGCCUCGCCUCGCCUCGCGUCUUUAUCCCCACCCACCACCUCUCUCUCCGAACCCAAAACCGACCGGCCUCGCUUUCGCCGGUUACCCGGUCAAACGCAUCAAACGGCGGCACGUCUCCGAUCGGGUCACCACGAUGCCCUGCGCCCGCCGGUCAGGUCAGGUCGCCCCACCGCGUCGUCACGUGCGACGCGCGUGCCGUCCUCGGCCGGCGCCCCACCCCCCUCCCCCCCUCGCCGUGUCCUUUUAUUCCACCCGUCCCCGCCUCACCGCCCGCACCCCCAAUUCACGCCAGCACCACGACUUCCGUGCUCGUCGCCUUCCUCGGGCUAGGGUUCGGCGCGAGAUCUGAUUCCGGGCGCCGGAGAGCGAGAUGGAGGUGAGGGAGAUGGCGAUGGCUGCGGCGGCUGCGGCGGCGUCGGUGGGCGGGGGAGGAGGAGGAGGAGGAGGGGUCAAGCUGCCGCCGCCCAAUCCCAACCUGCCCUACAGGGAGGACUGCUGGAGCGACGGCGAGACGGCGGCGCUCGUCGCCGCCUGGGGCAGCCGCUACGUCGAGCUCAACCGCGGUAACCUGCGCCAGAAGCAGUGGCAGGAGGUGGCGGACGCCGUCAACAAUCGCCGGGGAGCCUCCGCGCGCCGCCGCCCGCCGCGCACCGACGUGCAGUGCAAGAACCGCGUCGAUACCCUCAAGAAGAAGUACAAGGCCGAGCUCGCCCGCAACGCGCCGUCGGGCUGGUCCUUCUUCCCGGAGCUCGACCGCCUCGUCGGCCCCACCCUCAGCGCCUCCGCCUCCAAGAGGCCCUUGGCGUCGCUGCCUCCUCAAUUCGCUUUGCCCUUGCAUCCACCAGCCGUGCGGAGGCCCCCAUCGCCUUCGCCGUCAUCAUCCUCCCCGCCGCCGCCUAUGGCUUUGCCUCUACCCAAUUACCGUCGUGGGUCCCCGCUCCCUGCUGCAGCACUCAUCCAGAAGGAAGCUGCGGCUGCGGCGGCUGCUGUGUCUGAUUCAGAGGACUCCGAUGAUGCCGAUGGCAACAACAAUCACAAUUCGCCCCGGUCACCUUCGCGCUCGCUGUCGUCGCUCUCUGGCAGUAACAAGAAGCGCAGCAGAGAUGAGGCUAGCAGCAGUGCUGAAAAAGGUUUCAGGGAGCUAGCAAGGGCGAUCGAAGCUUUUGCGGAGAUGUAUGAGCGCGUGGAGAGUGCUAAGCAAAAGCAUGCGGUGGAGAUGGAGCGGCAGCGAAUUGAAUUCCUGAAGCAAUUGGAGGUGAAACGGAUGGAGAAUUUUGUCGAUGCCCAUGUGAAGCUGGCUAGAGCAAAGCGUACAAAGAAGACUACAGGAGGUGCUGCUGAUGGUGCUGGUGCGAUGGAGUUGGUUGCCACCGUUGCUGCGCUCCCUUUCGUCUCCACCUCGACCUUCCUUUGAUAUGGAGGAAGAGUUUAGAUCAUCCGUGUCAAUCUCAUGCGAUGGCAUUCUCUGUCCAGUGAAAAGGACCGCUGGGUAGUAAACACUACUGCCCUCGGUUAGUCUGAAACAGACCUAUUCUUGGGUUCAUGGCAGUUUGUAAUCUAGUACAUGAUUAAUUGAAGACUAGAAGUUCCUAGUGUAAAGCUUUGUUGGCAGUGUUUCUCCUGGCUGUUUACCUGAUUGUUUUAUUGACUGUGUAGCUCAGAGUGUCUGACCUUAUCUGAGAAAAUAUGGUAAAGGAAAAUGGUCUUGGAAUCAUUUCCUAGUCUUGUCUGGAAACAUGCAAAUUGCAGGAUACUUGGUUUGACGAAUGAGGUGCUCUGUCUUUUUCUCGUUC